AUGAGUGCCAGUCUUUCAUCAAGAAAAACGAAGAGAUCGAGGACGGAUAGUGAAGCCAACGACUCUUUUGUGAAGAAUGUUACAUCUCGGAUGUCAGGGUUAUUACCUGCAACUAUCACCAGAUGGUUCAGCUCAUCAAGUUCGUCCAAUACAAAUGGUUCAACCGUGGUGGAAUCAACAGAUUCAUCGACUGAAGAUGAGGCUACAGAUGGUCUCAGAACACCAAAUCAGAGGAAUCAACCAUCCCAACCUCCAGCUAAAAGAAUGAGAUACAGUACCCCAGGAACAUCAAGUUAUUAUUAUCCAGAAACCAAAAGCACAAGUACAAACACUGAAACAACAGAAACAUACAGUACUUUGCAGUCACCUAUAAAAGAUACUUUAAAAGUAGAAACAAACUAUGUUUCAACACCCUCAUGCUCUCCAAGUGAAACAUCCACUAUAAAUGAAAAUGAAAAGGAUCCUUCUAUCAUCUACAUAUACCAAGAUUCUGUAACAAGUGUCAAUAAUUCAGUUGAACAAACAAGAAAGUCAAUUUUUGGCUCUGAAGAAAGACUUCAAGAGUCCUGUGCUAGAACUGCUGCAAACACAUAUAAGGAUCUCACUCAACCUUACUUUAAGCCAGGUCUUCUUUGCACUCCAUUUUAUACAUCAAGACCAGUUUACGGAGGGACACGUAAUGUCUAUGUGAAUCGGCCAAAUAUUAAACAUAAAACAAAACCUUUAGUAAACAAAGUUGAGAACAACAGUAGCGUAAAUAUCAGCAAUUCCGCAAAGCGUAUUAUGGAUCUAUUGGAAAAUUAUUCAUCUCCAGUCAGUGAGGCUAGGAGAAUUUCUCGGCUUGUGAAUUCUUCUUGUGACUUAACUCCAGAUACAUCUUUAAAUACCAGUAUAGAUGCUAAUAAUAGCAAAGCAGCAUCUUACAAAAAAAGAGAACUUUAUGUGCCAAGUUUUGCUUCAAUAUUACAACUCAAACAAAAGGCUAGACUUAAUGAAACAACAAGUGCAGCACGACAAAUUAUUGCAUCACACAGCAGUUCAUUAAACACCUUACCCUAUCCAGCUAGUACUUCUGGCACCAGUCAAUCCAAGGAAAAUAGUCAAGAAAGUCUUACUACAAAAAUGAAGACAAGACUCACUAGAAUUAAUAGAGGAGAAAAUAAAGAAAGUGAGAGUAACAAGCUUCCAAUAGUUGAAUUACCAACAGCAGUACUACAGAUAGAUAAAGACAAUUUACCAAAAUUUUCACUUGACACUCCUGUGUCUCAUUCAUCAGAUAAUAAGCAAAAAAUUCCAGAGUCAGUGCCCACUGGGACAAAUUCUGUGGCUCAAGUUCCAAAAGUUGUACUUUCCAAAAAUGAAGCUCCAAAAGUUAAGCCAAUUGAUAUGCUUGAUGGUGAAAGGUACACCUUUUCUAGUCCUAUAAGGAUAUCUGAAGAUAAUUUUGUUACUUCUACAGAGACUUACAAGUUUGGGAGUCCGGAGCGGUCAGUAGAACCAACAAAAAAUAAAAACAAAAUUGUUAGCAGUUCAAACAACAAUGAAGAAGAUGAAGAGAAUAUCGGGAUUCAGUCACAUCAAUCAGAUAAAACCCCUAAAACUAAUACAUCUCAGAGUUGUGUUUCUCUUGAAGCAGCAAAACCACAAAUUGAAAAGCCUAUCUUUAAUAAAUGUUCAGAUUGUAAAGUGGUUGCUAGUCAGCUAUCCAGUGACAAAUGUUUUGAUUGCGAAAAGAAAGCGAAGAAUGAUAAGAUGGCCUCAAAGUUACCUCAAUCUGCUAUUUCCUCCUGGAAAUGUCAAGAUUGCUGGGUAAAUAAUGAUGUUGGAGUAGAGAAAUGUGUGUGCUGUGGGGCAAAAAAUUCAAGUGCUUCGCAAAAUUCAUCUGCACUCAAAGUAAGUUCUGAAAUUCCUAAAAGUACUUGGAAAUGUCAAGAUUGUUGGGUAAACAAUGAAGGAACAGAUAAAUGUGUAUGCUGUGGGGCGAAACAAUCGAUUGCACCGAAAGUGGUGCCCACGCUUCAACCGCAAAAGCCGGUAAACACUUGGAAAUGUGAAGAAUGUUGGGUUGAUAAUAAUGAUGGAGCAGACAAAUGCGUUUGUUGUGGUACUAAAAAUUCUAGUACUACCAAAACAGAACAAAAUACUAAUUCUGAAACAUCAGAUUGGAAAUGUGGGGUUUGCUGGCUAAAAAACAAAUCUCAUGAUGAUAAGUGUGUGGCUUGCAGUGGACCAAAGCCUGCAACAAAAGAACAAAAUCAGAAUAAAAUUUCAUCACCUUCACUUAAUUCAACUAACAAUAAUUCACUAUUAAAGAAUAUUGUCAAAACACAAAGUAAUAAAUGGGAGUGUCCCAGUUGUUUUGUUCAUAAUGAAAAUAAUAUAAGCAAAUGUGUAUGUUGUGAAACAGAAAAACCAGGUAUAACAAAGGAAUCCGAAAAGAAGAGUUUCAAUUUCGGAGUUUCUCCAAAUGUAUCCUUUAAAUUCGGUAUUAAUCCGAAACAAACAACAACAGAAACUGAACCUAAACCAGCAUCAAUAUUUGGUCAGUCAACUCAAGAAAUGGAAACUAAUAACAAUCAUAUUUCAAAAGCUCCUUCGUUUACUUUUGGAAUACAGAACAAGAAACCAGAAAAAGAAAUUUCUAAAGAAGAAAACAAAAUAGUUGAAACACCCAAGGCUGCCUUCACUUUUGGUAUUCCAAAAGAUAACUCAACACCAAAUGCUGCACCAGCCUUUAAAAUUAAUACUGAUAUGUUCAAACCCUCUACACAAUCUUCUGUAUCCAAUAUAUCAACUGCAAAAGAUUCUGAAAGAGCUCAGGAAGUCCCAAGCGUUGACCAAUCACAAUUGAGAGCAGUUGAACCUGCUCCAAAACUUACUGGGUUAUUUAGUGCAUCGGCAUCUAAAGAUUCUACACUAAACAAGUCGAUAACCAAUGCGUUGACUCCUUUUAACUCAAAUUUUACAGCUGAAAGCUCUGCUGGACCUACAUUGACCACAGCUAGCAAUACUUUGGGCACAUCAAAUGCAAGUUUCAGCAUGACAGGAAAUCAGCCUUCUAACAAUAUGUUCACGACAUCCGUUGCGCCCACGUCAGCUAACGCUUUUGCGAGCGUGCAAACACCGCCUGUAACAUCGUCGGUGUCAUUGUUCCAAAAAAAUGAGCAAUCGAGUCCAAUGAUGUCAUUCUUUCAAAAAUCUGAAAACACAUCACUAUCAUUGUUUAAUAAGAACGAGCCCGCUGCGACUACCACUUCAGUGUCAGUUCUUCCUAGUGCACCAGUAUUUAGUUUUGGUACCAGCACACCUACUACAGCUCCGUCGAAUGAAAAGUCGGGAUUUACUUUUACUUUUGGACGAGACAGUAAAAAUGAGACUCCAUCCAUGUUCAAAUUACCCUUUGGAGGUACUCCCGACAAUUCCACCUCAAAUAAGUUUAUGAUGCCAUCAUCAAACAUCAACUCUGGUAAUAUGCUGCCUUCGAGCAAUUUGGCUGGAAAUUCUGUUGGAAAUAAUAUGCCUCUGAUGCUAUCAGGAGGUAACAAUAAUCCCCUCGGUGGUUUAACUACCGGCAACGGAUUACCGUCCGGGAAUUUAAUGAAUAACUUAACACAAAAUCAAUUAAGCAUGGAAAGUAACGUUAUUACAAACAAUGCACCAGCAGCUUCCGGAGAUAUGUUCAAUACUCCUGUGCAGAAAGAGAAUAUGUGGUCCACAGGAAAUAAUAACACCCAAGGUAGCAUGUUUGGUUCAAGCGAACCAUCAAAUAAUUUACAGAAACGGCCGUUUGCUUUCGGAGCAAGUUCUGGAACAUCGAAGCCAUUUAGCCCAGUUGGUAGUUCGCCGUUUGAUAAUUCGAAUCAGCCUCGACCACUAUUUGGUAUAUCGAACCAACCGGCGGCGAAUCCUUUUGGGACCGCGGCGCCGAGUCCUAUGGCACCAAACAUGUUCAGUUCACAACCCAGUAAUCCUGCACCUUCGGUAGGCAUGUUCGGGAACACCAAUACUCCUGCCAGUCAACCUCCGGCUUUUGGUUUCGCAGUAUCAUCGUUUUCGUCGUUUGAUACGAACAACAUGAACCAGUCAAUGAACCCCAAUCCGACCCCGGCAUUCAAUUUCGGUGCUCCGCAACAACCAUCUGGCGUCUUUGGUUUUGGUCAGCAACAGCAACAACAACAAACACAACAACAGCAGCAGCAGCAGCAGCAGCCUCAGCAGCAAGGCGUGUACAAUUUCGGGGGCGGCGCCCCUCAGGUACAAUUUACAGUAGGAAGUGCUCCGAACACGGCCGGACGACGUGUUCGUAGAGCAUUCAGACGUACCCAGCGGUAA